AUGGCGCUGCUUCACAACGAUAUCAGUGGCGGGCAUGUAACACCAGAUGGUGUGGUAUUCCAUCACCAGAUGAGCGCGGAACAUGAUGAACUGAGGCGCCUGGAUGAGGAACUCCGCGAUGCCACCUUCUUUCGCAACGAUGGUGACAGUUUGCAUCAAUCACAGCCGAAAUCGGUUCAUCAAUGUAACAUAUGCAACAAAAUUUUUGUUUCCUUCAAAGGUCGUACCUCCGGAUAUUUGCAUAAGCCACAAAAUCUGCAUAUAGUUUUUUCAGGUUUGCAGCAACACGCUGUAAUACACACCGAUCAGAAGCCAUACGCCUGUGAUAUUUGUCGGAAAUCUUUCCGUUUCAAAUCAAAUUUGUUUGAACAUCGAUCUGUGCAUAGUGGCUAUACACCUCAUGCCUGUCCAUAUUGCGGUAAAACGUGCCGCCUGAAGGGUAAUCUAAAAAAGCACCUAAAGACGCACGUUUCAACGAAGGAGGAACUCGAAGACGCCUGGAGGCCGUUUGCAAGCAACAGAAGGCCACCAGCCGAUAUUCCGGAUGAUGCGAUAAUAGUGCGCAGUACGGGUGAACCAUUCUUCACGCCACCAAGUCGACCACGAAAGCGAAAACUUGGUCUGGGGACCGAUUCUCGCGUAUGGGUUGAAAAAAUACGUCGCGGCGAAUUGCUUCCCAGCGCACCCAUUCCCGAAAAGAUGCGAAGACUCUCCGAAUUACUGAAAACGGCUGAGGAAAAUUCAUUCACGCUGGAUGAUAUCUUUGAACAAGCGCGUGCAUUAUCAUUCGAACGUUUCGAUUGUCCAGUGUGUAAAAUGAUGUUUAUGUCGAGAUUGGAAUGCGCCGAACAUAUUGAUAUUGAACACCCAGUGGCCAGAACUGAACGGCCAUUCUUUUGUGAGGUAAGCAGUUUUUUUCUCCAAAAUUCAUCAUUUUUUUAACU